GUGCCUAGUAUCAUUGGCUAUCUUGUCAUUGUCAGGUGUCAAAGGUUGUCCAGACACUGAUCUUUUUAGCAUCAAAUUUGGGACCCGCACAACUGCUUUGUUGGUUGAUUUUUGCAUGUACGUAUCUGUUUUGUAUGUGUUUUGUGUUUGAUUCACUGAAGUCCAUGGCAGUUCAUGUAUAAAGAAUGGGGGAGGUCCAAACCAAAUUUUCAUGCCAAAAAACAGAUGGAGAUAGUUCACCAGAAAAGGAUUAUGUCACUAUAGAGAACCUAAAUAAAAUAUUUCUUUUCCUUAAGAAUUACUAAUGAACCACAACUGACUACAUGUAUGCUGUAACUGAUAGAAGAAAUGGAGAGCUAUGCUACGUAUUUUAAAACUUUCUUCAAAUUGUAGAAAGCUGCCUCUCAGCAAAUUCUCUUUUUCAUCUUUUUGAUUUGUUUGGCUUUGGUUGAUUCAUCUUGGUGUUGGAAACAACUUUUGGGAAGGCAACUGUGCAUUAACACCCUUCCCCGUUUUAUGGAACAGUCUAAAAUGUCACUAACAGUCCCAUUGAGUUUCGUUACUUUUCAAAUGCACAGUGCAGAGCUCUUCAGAACCCAGCCUAUUGUGUACCGGUACCCUGUACCUAGGUGAUAAGUGAUAACAGUGAAGUUGUUUACAGCUACGACUAGUCCAAAGAGCAUUGAACUGAAACCCCCACGACAAACAAGUAAUUGAAACAUACAUUGGCAGACAAAUUAGUUCUGAUCAAAACCAACUUGGGAAUGAAAAAGCAGAGAACCAUGUCAUGAUUUUCACAAUGAAACAUAUAAAUGUACCUCUGAAGUUUCCCGCGUUAUUUGACUGCAGUUGUGACAGUAUAGUGCUGUGGAAAAGCAUUUUGCAGAAAAGAAGAUCUGUAAAUAUAACAAACACAAAAUAACAGACAUGGGAAAAGCUUUGUGCUGAUUUCCUUUAACCAGGAAUAAAGCUCGCUACUCAGGUGCUCCUCAUCUUCUUAUUUGAAAGUGAGAUAUUGGACACGGAGCCUCUGUUGGCAUAAAAGGUUGUGCUUAGCAAUGCCAUAUAAUUGGAUCCAGACAUUGGAACUUGGUGGGCUAUUUUUUCUGAAGGUGGUGGAAGACAAGAAAAGAAUAGCGGGCAAAUGCUAGUUCUACUCGCCUUGAGCAGAAACACCUCCUCAGUGAAAAUAGCCAUAUUAGUCGGGAGUAUUCAUUUUGUUGGAAGUGUUGCAGCUGUAACAUGCUUUCAUAGUUGGCUGUGAUCCAGCAAAGUUCAGUUCAGACCAAAGGAGCCUCCGUUGCUAAGAAAAUUGCGCCCUCUUUUGCUCCAGCUUGAGGCUCAUAGGUUGGAGAACACUGAUUGACAAAAGACCCAGUAAACCUAGCACAGGAUCGACUUGUGUUGAGGAAGGUUAUGGUCAACUGCUUUUCGGCAGCUGAAUAGUGACAAGUACAGCAGUAUCAGAAAGAGGUGCGCAGCUCAGAUGCGGUCAAGUUUGCUCUCAAGGCCUUCUCCGCUGUCAGCAGCAACAACUAUGUCAAGUUCUUCAAACUCGUUAGGUCAGCGACCUAUCUCAGUGCCUGCAUCAUGCACCGUUAUUUUAUGCAAGUACGGAAUAUGGCACUGGAUGUGAUGAACAAGGCCUACACCAUCAGCCAAACCAGAGGAUCUCGCUUCCCAUUGGCCAACAUCACAAACACACUGGCAUUUGAUGACCAAUCACAGGCUUUAGAGUUCUGCCUGUCUCACAAUCUGACCGUGGAGGACGAGAUGGUGCAGUUCAACCGUGCUGCCUUCCAGCAACCAGACAUCACUCAUUCAGUAGGGAGAUCUCACAGGAUCAUUGAAACCAAGAAUGCCAUGCCCAUCGGAGAGGUGGUCAAUGGUGGGCCCCUACCGCCAGACGUUAUCCACAAGACAUCCUCAAGUUUUGAUGAGAAUGGCCAUUACAAAGGCUUCACAGUUGUCACCAUGGAAGGAGCAACACCAGAGGACAAAGAACUGACGGCCUCAGAGCAGGCAGCAAGCACCAUCAAACCUGUGGAUGGCACAGCCGUUGUAGUGCAAUCACAUGUUCCCAGUGCAUUCCCACAGUCAGCCACAAAACCACCACACUCUAACAUGGAGGUAAAGGAGGUUGCCAGGAGCAUGUUCUUGGAGGUGAUUGAUGAGCUGGUGAAAGACCUGAGUGAGAACUUCUUGGGAUGGAUCCAUCUCAUCCAAGUUGGCUCACUGGAGAUUCUGCAGGAUGCAAUUGAACGAGCAGUAUCACCAAUGAUCAGGGAGAUUGCUAAUGAAGUCAUUGAGCAGGAACAAGACAGGCUUCGACUGGCUGAGAUGGCUGAACAGAAGGCAAGAGAGGAGAGAAAGAGGCAGGCCAUGUUGGAGAGGAGAGAGAGAAUGGAACGGACAGCUAAGGACAUCGUGGAGGAGACGGUGAACACCGUGGUUGAUGAGGAGUCAAGGGUGAUUGGUACCACUGAGAUGAGAGCCGUACAGAAGGAACUCAAGAAGGAAUGCAUCGAGCGCUGCACAUCUGAGGUACAGCAUGAUCUGAUUGAUACCACUUUGCUGUCAGAAUGCCAGCAGGUAGCUGCUGAGGUCAUCCAAUCAGAGACACAGCUGCGAGACCAGCGAUUGGCUGAGAGUGAGCGGGCUGUGCUGAUGGGACAGACAGCAAGGUACUUGCAGAGAUGGUACAAGGCCUACACCAAGCGUAUCCACCUCAAGCACACGCUGCUGUCCUUCCCUGCUGCGCCACCCAACCAGACAGCUACUGAGCAGCUCAAGGUUCUGUGGGCUGGUAGAGGGGAUGUGUCAAAGGUCACUGAGGGACACCGUCAAGGGGAUGUCACAUUGGACUCUCCGUUUGGCAUUGUGGUAGGCAGAGAGCACAUUGCCAGAUCCAUCUUGAGAAUCCACUACCUCAAGAACCUCCGCCAACAGCAAGCCUGGUCGCCCCUUGACCUACCCAGCAUGCUUUGCAGUUCCUUCCACUCCCAUCAUGCACCGGGGCCAGCUGGCGGUGUCCCCAGCAACAGACAGCAGCAUCAUUACUGGAAGCUGGUGGUGUCAUUGCCGAGUCCUGGGUCACAUGACAAGGGAGUGCUGUGCGAUUGGCUCAAAGCCAAGCUGCAAAGAGGGAAAAUUUCACAGGAGAUUCGGAAAAAGCAUCUUGGGGACAACAGCCAGGUUGAGACACUCAGCCUCUACUCCUCCAAGGUGGCACACACCUCACCUAGCCAGCCGUGUACACUUAGUAUCUGUACAAAGGUCACCCUAGGCUCCCUGGAAUCAACAGGACGUCAAACACGGCAUCAGAUGCUAGGAACCAGUGGGAUCCUGUUUGCACUGGAUCCAACCAGCCGUAACCAGAACUGUUGGGAGGGAGCCAAGUCCAGGCUUGAGUCCCUCUUACAAGCCAAGCCGGCAUCCCCGCCACCUCCUCUAGUCAUCUGCCUCUUUGAUUGUCCAGCGACUGAGCAUACUCAGAGUGUCUGCAAGGAGAGGCUUGGUCUUCGAGGGCUGUCUCAGAUGGGAUUAGUGUCGUCAUAUCACUUCCUGGUGGUCACUAGUAAGGUUGAAGACCCAGUCAAUAGCAAAGAGUUGGGUGAAUCCGUAGAAUGGCUUGCUUCUCACUGCUUACCACCUCCCCAGCUGUCUGAGGACUCUCUAAAGGGAUAUCUAGACACAGGGAUUACAGAGUUCUUCAACUUACCGCUCUAUGAAGACGCAAGGACAAGACGGGAUGCCUGUCUCCCAGAGCAGGGCUGUCAUCGUGUGAUUGACCUGUACAAUGCUGUAGUCAGGCACCUUGCUAAUGCAGCAAGCAGUGGUACCCUGACUUCCCUCUCCUGGCCUCCUGCCGAGUUUACCAAGACUGAUGGACAGACAGAGCUUCCACAUCCCGAUUGGAAUGCCAAGGACACCAUCCAGCUACUACGAAAUAGGAUCCGGUCACUUACUCUGCCAGCUCUCCCACUGAUUCAUGAAGAUGACGAGUGGCAGAGAGCGUGUGAUCUGUGUCAGGAAUACCUUGCCUCAAUUCCUGGAAGUCACAAAAGCAAGGCACCUCUCUUUGCAAGAGUUCAGAGAAUUCUAGAGAAAUGCCGUCGCACCUUUGAAGAUACCUGCUACUUGGCCUUUGAUGCACCAGGCUGUGAACCAGUGGCAGGACAUGUCCCAUGGACAAGAGUCAUACAGGAAUGCAUUGAUUAUGUGAUGUCCACCGUACACACACAUGACCAGGCAGAGGGUAAUGAGGGUAAGCAGACAACUGUCUACUACAUUCAGCAUGAGUUUAAUAGUUUCCCAACCCCAAAGGCCUGGAAAGAAGCCCUUCAGACAACAAUACAUGACAGCUUCCUCCAACCACCACGAUUUGUGUCAGGCGUGGCUGCCACUGUGCAACAAAAACGGGCAGAGUUUAUGGAUAGACAGCUGGAAGCAAAGAUGGCUGAAAUGAAGGAAAACAGGACACCAAGAGGCAGUGUCUCAGCUAGGGAGCCACCGUAUGUUGUUGAUGUCAAGGACACGGCUCAAGCUGUGAAGACAGUGUUGUCAUCUGCAAAAGAGGAAUCAAAAAAAUUUGAUGAUCUCCUACAUCAGUGGCUCCAUGGCGCAAAAGGAACGACUUCACACGGUGGUAUGAAAGAAACAGAUCACUCCUUGCAGAAAGCAACCUCACCACGUUUGGAGCAAAGUCUACAAGAUUUGGCAUUGGCUAUGGAAUCAGAGCGCAGGGCGGACAGACUCACAGAGCUCCGACUGACCAGUCUACUGAGCCUCUAGACACUGGUCUCCGUUGGUUAUUUAUGAGCAGGGUACUUAUUGGUGCAUGCACUUAGUAAAAUGCCAUUUUUCCCAUACAAAUUGUGUCUAGUCACUGUGGUGAACAGUCAAAAGAUCUCUUUUGAUUAUGAUGAAGUGUUCCAAUUGGCCAUUAUAGCUGGGAUACUGCAGUAAUUUGGUACAUUUUUCUUUAGACUGUGUGCUGGCUCACCUUACCAUUUAGUUUCCCAUGGAAACCCAUUGUUUGCCGUCUCUUGCGAUGCUUACAAUGGUAAAUCUCACUGAUGCGCAGACACCUACUGCAAAGCAGCCCCACGAUUUGUCCUUAUUUCCAAAUUUGAUCAGUGACAUUUUAUCAAGAGUUUUUCAAAGGCUGUUAACUUAAAAGUGACACUGGCAACUUGGGACUCAUUUUGUAAGAUUGGGACCCGAUUUUAGCAAAGAUGUGAGGUGAUGGACUCAUAUUUGGGUGAAACAGUUGUCAAAAUGUGCCUUGGAGCAUUCAAAACACAACAGGUCAGUUGCUACCUCGCAAUAUGGCCUACUCACAAUUAGAGCUCUGCCUCCGUGCAGACUUUUACUGAAUGACCUGUGAUUCAUUUUUCAACAGAAAAGUUAUAAUGUGCUGCUUCAUGGUCUGAUUGAAAGCCUCCUUGAAUGGGGCAAUUCACAAUUCAGUGCACCACAAAGUGGUUGCCAUGGAGAGGCCAGUUUUCAAGUUUACAGUCAACAACAGCAUUGCUGACCUGCCAUGAUUUACAUCUGACGUAUGUUGUCAGUUGACAAGUUGGGGAAAUUUUUGUUACAUUGAGACUUUCCAUUUAUAGAAAGAAAGUAGGAUUAGCUGAAACUACUACUUGUAAUGUCGGUAUGUUUCAUCCCUGACAAAUAUCAGAAAGAAGUCAAGUUCCCUGCAUGGAGUUGGCCAAUAGAAUUUGUCAACCAUUUCCCACAAUGCACUGCAAAAAGUGUCCCUUCCAUGGCAACCUCUUGGUGGUGCACUGUUGUCAGCCACCCCUGUUAGAUCCUUUCGAAUUUCUUUUCCUCAGUGUAAAUCUGAAUGUGGGCUACCAGAGUUUUGAAUUACAUGAAAUUUGAUUGCACACAGUGUCAUAUAGUUACACUGUUUGUGACUCCAAGCAAUCAAUUAAAUUUGAGUGGACAGUGCUUCACUUUGAAGUAAAAAGCGACUUGGACACUUCAUUUUUUUUUCCACUUUAACACUGAUGAAUUUAUUUUUUUUAUUUACUCAAAAGUCGCAACUACAAUCCAACAAAACGUCUAUUACAAUGUCCAUUGUCCACGUUUCAAAUGUAAAGUUUCAGUUUCAGCCAUACUGUCUUCCCAUGAAAGAAUAAAUACACAAACAAGCAUAAUUUAUGACAAAAUCACUAAGAACAGUUUUAUGAGACAUGCAUGUCUCACCUUAAUAGGUAUAACGGCCAACACUGUCGACUAUCGAAAGCAAGUCUUUAGUUUUGUUUUGUUUUCAUCUUUUUUUUUUCUUUUUUCUCCAAUCCUGUCAACAUCUUUAACCCUAACGGUCCCAAAUCCUCCAAUUUCAAUAUGAUUUUACAUACACCCUAGGGGUUUAGGGUUAAUGAAGGAGCAAUAAGUUGGUCCCUGCAAGUUUUUACACUUAUCGAAAACAAAGCUUGUCAACAGUUCUGUCUUUUUAGUUGGCACCAAAUAAGGAUAAAGGGGCGGUUUCAGCAAAACGGGAACAAAAGCGGCUAACUGUCCAAAGGAUUAACGGUUCAGAAAGUUCCAUCCAAAUUCGAGAAAUUCUAUCAUGGACAGCAAGGAAACGUUCAGUGAUAUCGCCAGGUGUAGCAUAUGUGCAGGAUUUUCAGAGAGGCUUAAAACUGAGAGUUAUUGGAAGAAACAGGGGUGUGAGAAUUCAGCUUUUUUGCUGAUUUUAGCAUUUUUGUUCAGAUGUUGACCCUGAAUUUCAGUUUU